ACGAGGUCGCAGAGGGCGUUCACCGGGUUUGAGUUCCAUUUCAAUUUCAAUGGCAAUUAGACACGAAGAUUAGCCCAAACCGUUGGGCAGUGCCAGUGGCCAGCGUAGCGUGGUCAGAAUUGCGGACACCAUGCGACCGGCCGGACGCGCAACCCUCCUCCCGCACCUGCUCUGUGCGCUCUCGAUCGGAAACAUCGUCCUUGGCUCCGAGUAUGGAGUACCAGUCGAGAUUAAACUAUGGGACACCGGGAGGACCCCCUUGUCGCACAUGGUAGACGUGACUAAUGAAUUCGGUUUAAAAGUCUUGGCAGAACAUAAUUUUUUAAAUGAAAAUAACAUUGCCUUCUCACCCUAUGGUCUUAUGGGUAUACUAGUGGCGUUGUAUGAGGGAGUCGACGGCGAGAGUUCCUACCAAAUUCAAAAAGGAAUGCUGCUGCCUUGGAACAGAAAUGUCAUGAGAAUAGGCUUUAGAGAUAUCCAUCGCACUUUAAAAACAUAUUUUGUUCCAGAAGAAGGUUUUCUCGCAGGACUGGCAUUAAACAACGAGAACGUGACAUUUAAUGAAAGUUAUAAAAAAAUCUUACGGUUUUAUGGGUUUGAUCUGGACAACGACCAGUUGCCGACUACACCUGCAAACAAUGAUACGAAUGUGUCGUCGACACCAACCGCCGGGGACGGCGCGGCGGCCGCCACCGCCACCGCCGCGCCCGCGCCCGCCACCACGGCCGCGCCGAGCACGCUGGCUCGCGAGGACCUGUCCACCUCCGCCGUCGAUACAACUACCAACCCUAAUGCGGAGACUAUCAACGACGUAGACAUCCGAAUGCCCACCUCGUCGCCAACCACUGGCAAUUCAGCGGCGCCUAAUGCUGAGAGUACUACACUUUUUAGUACAUCACAAACGGAAACCACAACCAGUGCGACCACUGCAGACUCGAGCAGUACAGCCUCUACUAAUGUAGGCACGACUAACAUUGAGCGUGUCACUGAAAAUGUACAGUCUACAAUGAUAGACAGUACAACGUCAACGGCAGCAAUUCCAAAUUCUGUUGAUAUUGAAGUGACGACUGCUCCAAGUUCUUCUUCCACGUCUGUAUCAUCAACAUUUUCAACAAAUGAAGAAUUAGAAAUGCCAUCGAUAAGUGGUCAAUUGUCAACCUCUGCCGCAGUCGACGACACUACUAGCACACAAGUACACGAGUCCGCGACUACGGAGCAGCUUAAUACUGGUGCUUUCGACACCACCACACAAACAACAGAAAAUAGUGAAUCCACCGUUGAAACGCUAGAGCGCCGUAAAAAAUCUAUUGUUAAUUUUAUUUUUACGAAUCCACCAUAUAUACACGAAAACGUAAUUUACAGAGGAUUUGAUAUACCGAUACCUGUACAGAAUAACCCUAAUCUUGGAAAUGACCAAAUGUUUUUAGCAAAUGGAUUGAAAAGUGUUCAGGUGUCUUACAUGCAAUACGACGCAGUGCUGGAGCACGCGUACCUGCCGCACCUGGAGGCGGCGGCGCUGCGGCUGCCGCUGGACAGCGAGCGCUACUACCUGCUGGCGCUGCUGCCGGCGCGCGCGCACCCGGCCGAGCUGGCGCGCCUGCUGGCCCGCCUGGCGCGCCACUCCGACCUGCGCGACGUGUACGCCGCGCUGCGCCCCAGACAAGUGCGCGCUACGCUACCCAGCUUUACUGUCAAAGGCCAUGUCACGCUCACUGCUGACUUGCAAAAACUGGGCAUCCGAGACGUGUUCGAGCCGCGGCAGCGCGACUUCACGCCGAUGACGCCGCAGGCGGGCGUGUACGUGCGCAGCAUCGAGCAGGCCGUCUCCGUCGCCAUCCGCAAGUACGGGACCGACGACCGCAACACCAGUAGGUACGUCAAUCGGCCCCCAGUUCAUUUCUCGGCGACGUAUCCCUUCCUGUACUUCGUGAUGGACGCCAGCAUUCACGUCGCUCUCAUGGCUGGGAAAAUGGUGGAUCCUCUCAAUUCAAGAAUAUUAUAGUUAAAUCUAAAUGAACCUUCAGCUAGG